GUUACGCUUUAUCAUAGUAGGGCUUCCUCUGCCGCUGCUAACUAACGAUAGUUAGCAAGUUCGGACUUAGCUAACAUCAUUCGUGUUUACAGUUGAACUAAUAACAAAACGGUUUAUAUGACAGCUAGUUCUACAUGUGGUAUGCAUGGGGGUCUAUUUGGGGGUCCAUGCAAUCUAUUGGAUUUAUAUGUAAUGUUUGAUUUCCAUGACACUCUCCGCGUCCAGACAAAUGGGAAUCGUCGUUGCUAUGGAGAAGCUGCGACUGCCAAGAUUAGGCCGUAGCAUCGUAUUGGGAUUGCAUUUAUGACUGAAGAAAGAAAACGGAUAGAGGAUUACCCAACAAGUUCAAAUAGAAAAGAUGAAUGACACCUCUGUGGCGCUCGACUGAAUGCAGAAGGGCAUGCUGUUGAUGGCCAGAAUGUGAAGGAAGAGACUAAGAAGUAAACUUGGGAUCGUUUUUUAAGAAGCUAAGAUACAUUUCUCCUCAGUAGUGAAACUGUGAAGUUGUAAGGAACAUGCCGCCUCGGCCAUCUUCGGGAGAAUUGUGGGGCAUCCACUUGAUGCCCCCGAAAAUUCUGGUGGACUGCCUCCUGCCCAAUGGCAUGAUCCUUACCCUGGAGUGCCUCCGUGAGGCCACACUCAUCACCAUCAAACACGAACUGUUCAAGGAGGCGCGGAAAUACCCCUUGCACCAUCUUCUGCAGGAGGAGACCUCCUACAUCUUCGUCAGCGUUACCCAGGAGGCCGAGCGCGAGGAGUUCUACGACGAGACCAGGAGGCUCUGUGACCUCAGGCUCUUUCAGCCCUUCUUAAAAGUUAUUGAGCCGGUGGGAAAUAGGGAGGAGAAAAUCCUCAACCGAGAGAUCGGUUUUGCGAUUGGCAUGCCUGUGUGUGAGUUUGAUCUGGUGAAGGACCCCGAAGUGCAGGACUUCCGGAGAAACAUUCUCAACGUGUGCAAAGACUCUGUGGAACUCCGAGAUGUCAAUGGCCCUCAUAGUCGGGCUUUAUAUGUUUACCCUCCCAAUGUAGAGUCUUCGGUCGAGCUUCCCAAGCACAUCUAUGCCAAACUUGAUAAAGGUCAAAUCAUUGUGGUGAUUUGGGUAAUAGUCUCCCCUAACAAUGACAAGCAGAAGUACACACUCAAGAUCAACCAUGAUUGUGUACCGGAGCAGGUGAUAGCAGAAGCCAUUAGGAAAAAGACCAGGAGUAUGCUGCUUUCUGCAGAGCAGCUCAAAAUGUGUGUGCAGGAGUACCAGGGCAAAUACAUCCUGAAAGUAUGCGGCUGUGAUGAGUACCUGUUGGAGAAAUAUCCCCUCAGUCAGUAUAAAUACGUGAGGAGUUGCAUCAUGCUGAAUCGGAUGCCUAACCUCAUGCUGAUGGCGAAAGACAGCCUGUACUCUCAGCUCCCGGUGGACAACUUCACGAUGCCCUCUUAUGCCCGUCGCAUCUCCACGGCGACUCCAUACAUGAACGGGGAGUCCUCCACAAAGUCCCUGUGGACAAUCAACGGCAUGUUGAGGAUACGUGUACUAUGUGCCACCUACGUCAAUGUAAACAUCAGGGACAUUGACAAGAUUUAUGUGCGGACAGGGAUUUACCACGGUGGUGAGCAGCUGUGUGAUAACGUCAACACACAACGCGUACCAUGCUCCAAUCCAAGGUGGAAUGAAUGGCUGCAAUAUGACAUGUACAUUCCUGAUAUCCCGAGGGCCGCGCGCCUCUGUCUGUCCAUCUGCUCUGUGAAAGGGAGGAAGGGGGCGAAAGAGGAGCACUGCCCACUCGCCUGGGGAAACGUCAACCUCUUCGACUACACAGACACUCUGGUGUCAGGCAAGAUGGCACUGAAUCUCUGGCCCGUGCCCCAUGGCCUGGAGGACCUGCUCAACCCCAUCGGUGUCACCGGGUCCAAUCCCAAUAAGGAAACCCCUUGUCUGGAGCUGGAGUUUGACUACUUCAGCAGUCCAGUGAAGUUCCCAGACAUGACCGUUGUGGAGGAUCAUGCUAAUUGGAUCAUAUCUAGAGAGAUGGGAUACAAUUACUGCCAAUCUGGUCAGAGCUCCCGCCUGGCUCGAGACCAUGCCAUGACCGAGAGUGACAUUGAGCAGCUCAGACAUUUGUGCAACAGAGAUCCACUUUCUGAGAUCACUGAGCAGGAGAAGGAUUUCUUGUGGAGGCACAGGCAAUAUUCUGCGAAUAUGCCAGAAGUCCUGCCCAAGAUUUUACUCGCAGUGAAGUGGAACUCACGUGACGAAGUAGCACAGAUGUAUUGCCUUCUGAAAGAUUGGCCCGCAAUAAAACCCGAACAAGCCAUGGAGUUACUAGAUUGUAAUUAUCCAGAUCCAAUGAUCCGAGACUUUGCUGUACGGUGCCUUGAGAAGUAUUUGACUGACGACAAGCUGUCCCAGUACCUCAUUCAGCUUGUUCAGGUCCUGAAGUAUGAGCAGUACCUGGAUAAUCCUCUAGUACGAUUUCUGCUGAAGAAAGCCCUAACCAACCAGAGGAUAGGACACUUCUUCUUUUGGCACUUGAAGUCGGAGAUGCACAAUAAGACUGUGAGCCAGCGCUUUGGGCUGCUGCUGGAGUCCUACUGCCGUGCCUGUGGCAUGUACCUGAAGCACCUGAGCCGGCAGGUGGAAGCCAUGGAGAAACUCAUCAACCUCACAGACAUCCUCAAGCAGGAGAAGAAGGAUGAGACGCAGAAGGUGCAGAUGAAGUUCCUUGUGGAGCAGAUGAGGAGGCCGGACUACAUGGACGCACUCCAGAACUUCACCUCCCCACUCAACCCGGCGCACCAGCUGGGCAACUUACGAUUUGAUGAGUGUCGAAUCAUGUCGUCAGCUAAGAGGCCGCUGUGGCUGAAUUGGGAGAACCCAGACAUCAUGUCAGAGCUGCUCUUCCAGAACAAUGAAAUCAUCUUCAAGAACGGAGACGAUUUACGGCAAGACAUGCUAACACUUCAGAUUAUUAGAAUAAUGGAAAACAUCUGGCAAAACCAAGGCUUGGACCUCAGGAUGCUUCCUUAUGGUUGCCUGUCUAUUGGUGACUGUGUGGGUCUAAUCGAAGUGGUCAGAAGCUCCCACACCAUUAUGCAGAUUCAGUGCAAAGGAGGCCUGAAGGGGGCGCUCCAGUUCAACAGCAACACCCUCCACCAGUGGCUGAAGGACAAGAAUAAGGGCGAGAUGUACGAUAUGGCCAUUGACCUGUUUACCCGAUCAUGUGCCGGCUAUUGUGUGGCCACAUUCAUUCUAGGAAUCGGUGAUCGGCAUAAUAGUAACAUCAUGGUGAAAGAUGACGGCCAGCUGUUUCACAUAGACUUUGGCCAUUUCCUGGACCACAAGAAGAAGAAGUUUGGCUACAAAAGAGAACGAGUGCCGUUCGUCCUAACACAGGACUUUUUAAUAGUCAUAAGCAAAGGAACGCAAGAGUGCACAAAAACAAGAGAGUUCGAGAGGUUUCAGGAGAUGUGCUACAAGGCCUACCUGGCUAUCAGGCAGCAUGCGAACCUGUUCAUCAACCUGUUCUCCAUGAUGCUGGGCUCUGGGAUGCCCGAGCUGCAGAGCUUCGACGACAUAGCGUACAUCCGCAAGACCCUGGCUCUGGACAAGACGGAGCAGGAGGCCCUGGACUACUUCAUGAAGCAGAUGAACGACGCUCACCACGGCGGCUGGACCACCAAAAUGGACUGGAUCUUCCACACCAUCCGGCACCACGCCCAGAACUGAGAGGGGAUUCACACACUGUGUGAGUGUCCGCAGGUUGAGCGGAGAGUGGACGUACGGUCGCACGGAAGGACGGACGGACGGACGGACGGAUGGACGGAUGGAUGGAUGGAUGGACAAACGGGACGGAACACACACUGCCCCCUCCCCCUCCCUCUGUAGGUUGGCACAGUGGCACACUCAGACCUCAUGAACUCGUAGGGUAACGCUGCGAGCGGCCUACAGAGCACUACACAAUCCAGAGUGACGUUUUUCUCUGUUUGUUUUGUCUUUUUGCUGUUUUUUCAUUCUAUGUUUUUCCUCACCUGCAGCAUCGUUACAAGAAGAAACGUUACUUGCCAAUUCCUCUCUGUCCUUCUCAGUGUUGGCUGCGUUUUGUAUUCCUUUUGUUUCUGGAGAGACUGGUUGGAGGUUUUCAUUCCUUUCAUGCCUUUUUGUAAGAAAACAAACAACAACAACAAAAAAAAAACCUACAACAAUCGCCUCUUUACGUUUCAGGAGCUUUGGGGGUAUAAAGUCUUCCUCAAAAUUUUAAUGCCUUUCAAAAUAUGCACGGAACUCUGCAACUCCCAAGCGAAACAGGGUAUUCUGUUUUUUUCAACCCUCUGCCCUCCCCCUUUCCUCUCCAGUUCAGUUGUACUAGUCCCUGUCAACCCAUGUAGACACACACACACACACACACACA